UCUCGCAGAAGCGUCCGAGACGAGAGAGACUUCAACCCCCAGAAGAGCCAGAGUCUGAAUCUGCAACCGGGACGCACACGAGAGAGAGACAGAAAGAAAAGAGGAUUAACUGUUUGUUUUUAAUCUUUAUUUAUUUUUAUUUCCUGCGGAUAAGCUCCGCAGACACAGGCUGUUAACUUUCUGCUGAACCCUGCAGGCUGUCUGAGCUUCCAGAGACGUCUCGGCCACGAUGAGUUGGGGAGCGCUCUACGCUCAGCUGGGCGGCGUCAACAAACACUCCACCAGCCUGGGGAAGAUCUGGCUUUCCGUCCUGUUCAUCUUCCGCAUCACUAUCCUGGUUCUGGCCGCCGAGAGCGUCUGGGGCGACGAGCAGUCGGACUUCACGUGCAACACGCAGCAGCCCGGCUGCAAAAACGUCUGCUACGACCACUUCUUCCCCGUGUCGCACAUCCGCCUGUGGUGCCUGCAGCUCAUUUUUGUGUCCACGCCCGCCCUGCUGGUGGCCAUGCACGUCGCCUACAGGAAGCGCGGGGAUAAGAAGACCAUGAUGGCCUCCAACGGCACCGAAAAGACCAACGACACCGACCUGGAGACGCUGAAGAAAAGGCGUCUGCACAUCACGGGCCCUCUGUGGUGGACGUACACCUGCAGCCUCUUCUUCCGGCUCAUCUUCGAGGGCGGGUUCAUGUACGCGCUCUACUUCGUCUACGACGGCUUCCAGAUGCCCCGGCUGGUGAAGUGCGAGCAGUGGCCCUGCCCCAACAAGGUGGACUGCUUCAUCUCCAGGCCGACGGAGAAGACGGUCUUCACCAUCUUCAUGGUGGCCUCGUCGGCCAUCUGCAUGGUGCUGAACGUGGCCGAGCUCUGCUACCUCGUCGUCAAGGCGCUCAUGAGGUGCUCGAACAGGUCGAACAGGGCGAGACACCUGUACACGGAGAACAUGGCGCAGGACAACAAGAAGAACGAGAUGCUGCUGUCCUCCACCAAAGAUUUGUCCAGCGGCAAGACCAUGUGCUGAAGAACGUGGCUCAAAGAGACGGGAGGAGGAGGAAAUACAUUCAGUUUGGUGCUUAGGCUUUAAAAAAUGAGCAGAGAUUAGAUGAGAUUCAGAAUCAGAGCUUGUGAGAACUUAGACACGCAGACGUGGAUCUAGUUGACGUGGUUUACAUGAAGGAAGGUUGUUGUGAUGCUUUUGUUUUUUUGUCCUAAAACUUUAUGUUUUUACUUGAGUGUUACUUGGAGAAUCUGAUAGUAUUGCCUUACUCCUAAUGAAGGUUUUAAUUUUUUAGUCUGAAGUUGCUUGAACGUGACAGUAGCCUGUAUGGAACAACGAGCCUACGCUGACACCUAGUGGAGGAGGAGGUCCGGUCCCUACGCAAACACGUUUGUUUAGUGUUAAAGAAGAAAAACAAAAGAUGAAAAAUGAAGGAUUAAA